UGGACACAGCUCAUUCCAUUGCUUAGCAGGUGGCUCAUUCCAGUUGGAGAACUUACUGAGUCUUCCAGUGGAGCCAAGAUCUGGUUCGUCGUGAGGAGCUCCGCGAUGUCUUCUCAGCAGAGCGCCGCCUCCGCCAAAGGCUUUUCCAAGGGGUCGUCCCAGGGCCCGGCUCCGUGCCCCGCCCCGGCGCCCGCACCCGCGCCCUCCUCCUCCUGCUGCGGCGGCUGCUGCGGCUCCGACGGCGGCUGCUGCGGCUCCAGCUCCACCGGCUGCUGCUGCUUCCCAAGGAGGCGCCGCCGGCAGCGGAGUCGCGGCUGCUGCUGCUGCGGGGGCGGCAGCCAGAGGUCCCAACGCUCCGACAACCAGGGCUGCGGCUGCUGCUCCUGCUGAGAGGCCCGCAGCGCCCAGCGCUGCGCCGGAGAAACCGCCCAGCCCUGAGCGGGCCCACGCGGGGCGGGGCCUCGGAGUUCGCCCCGUAAAGCGAAUCGCCCUUGGAUGUUCAGAAACCCGCUCUGUUCUCAGCCACGCAAGACUACCUGACCCUCAUGUGAUUUUUCUCCCUGGGGAUUCGAGAGCGGUGGGUGGGACACUGGACCCUACUGUCUGCACGGGUUUGCAUACAGCAGGUGCUCGGUAAAUGUCUACUUGUUCAAUUGUCCUUUGAAGAUGUCAUAAUAAAGCUUCUACCUCCUGAGAA